AAAUGUUGAGUAUAAAUAGUAAUACCGAGCGAGCGAGCUGCACCAAAUCGCAGAAUUAGGGUUUGUAUUUGAGUGCAGAAUAGAAUGGGUGGGGGAAAUGCUCAGAAGUCGAAGAUGGCCCGUGAAAAGAACUUAGAAAAAGCCAAAGCUGCUGCCAAAGGAAGUCAGCUUGAAGCCAACAAGAAAGCCAUGAACAUCCAGUGCAAGGUGUGCAUGCAAACUUUCAUCUGCACGACUUCCGAGGUGAAAUGCAGGGAACAUGCUGAAGCAAAACAUCCAAAAGCUGAUGUGUACACUUGUUUCCCUCAUCUGAAGAAAUGAUAUGGAUGAUGCCACUGAGGUUUGAAGGUUUUCAAGUGUGAUUGUGUUACACAGUAUGUUUAUAAUAUCUCAUCAACUUGUAUCUCUUGUGAUCUUUGUGUUGUUUCAAAUGUUAGUAAAAAGGGUACCACCUGCAGGUUCCAAUGUUUGGAAUAAUUGCAUGAAAUUACUAACUUAACACAAUUAGUUUUGAUAAUA